CAACAACAGACGAAAAAGAGUCAGAAUCUGAAGAAUUUGUUAAGAAAAGAAGGGUUUUGUUGCAUUUAUUUAAUUUUCAUAAGUCAUUCUUUUAUAGAGGUUCGUUCUGGCUGAAUGUAGAGACGCUAUGUCAGAUACUUUAAAUACACCACCCACGUAUGCGUGGGUAUGGAAGGCAUUUUCUAGCAAGCUUGCUGGAACAGUAUCAAAACCGACAUUGAAUCCCACAAACAAUGUUUACGUUGAAGACGUGAAUCCUGAGAGUGAAGAACACAAGAUUCCUGAGGAAAGUUUAAGGCCUAUGGAUGCGCUCACACCAACUAAGCCAAAGAAUACGCAAAGUGGCAUUUUGAAGACACCUGGGACGUUACAAAUAAAGAAGACGGUGAAUUUCACAGAUCAUCUUGGAGACGACCCACUGAAUCGAGAGGUACAGCCGAAGGGGUUCAGGCAAGAGAAUGAAGAAAAUAGUAAGAAGACAAGGAAUCGAUUCGGCAAUGAUCUUGAGUUCGAAUUUGAUGACAAGUAUUUCUCCCAGCCGUCAUCCAAGCAACUUGGCUAUAAAUUAAGUCAAGUAGCUCAGCUGGAAGGAAAAGAACGAAAUAAUAAAAAAUGGCAACGAAAUGAAAUAAAGAAUCUUCCAUUUAAGCAUCGUACAGGAGAGGAAAAUCGCAUUGACCGUUUGCUUGGUGAUCAAGACAUCCAAAAGUUUGAGUCAGAACUGAAAGACUCAUCACCACUUCCUAUAGAGAAAGAACGGCCAUUACCAGAACCGUCAGAUACCAAGCAGGAAAACAUGGAAUGGUCAAAGCUGAUAAAGGAUUGUUUUCGGGAUGUAGUAAAUAACAAUCGAAAAAUGAAAAAUAUCAUACAUGAUGUCCUUGUUGAUACAUCGCACCUAGUUAACUCGACAGAAGUACCUGAUGAAGCCGACUACACCAUAAAUUUGGAUAAUCCUUUGUCUUCAUCAGGAAAGUAUUGGAAGCAAAAGUUUAAUUUGCUUGAAACAGCACAUACUGAUUUGGAAGAAGAAUUGGAAAAAAUUAGGGAGCGGGUAGACGCUAUUAUGACGGAAAGGCAGGAAGAAAUUUCAUUUUGGAAAAGAAGGUGCAAAUUAUUAGAAGCUGAGAAUGUUCGACUUUCUCGUAUGCCAAAAACUCAAGGAGUAGUGUCUGCGAACCCUCAGAAUGAGUAUACUCCGAAAGUGAAAGACAAUCAUCCAAUUGCCAAAGGUUUCAAAAUUCCCCUGCAGGAAAAUAGUCUUUUUCGUUCAAGCCUCCCAGAACAUUCCAAGGAACCUCUAAAAUUUCCCAAUGAGACUUUCUCUAAUCCAUUGGACAUGUCUCAUUUGGCAGCGGAAAUGCUGUCCCAUUCAGCAAAGAAGAAGCAAUCUAACGAUAGUUUCUUUAAUUUUGAGGAAGGUGCUGGUCCAAUUUCAUCUACUCCUGUAUCCGCAGCCUCCAAAGUUCGACAAAGGCUAUUGCAUGCAACUCAAACCCCGACCCCAAUGCCAGUGUCAAUCCGCAGGAAGGAGCCUCAGUACAAGUCAAACGAGAUAGAAGAGUCUUCGAUUCCAUCCAUGGGCUUCUUAUCCAAAAACCGUGAGGCAGCCAAACGACAGAUCGCCCGCAAAAAGGAAGACAACAGUGCAAAACUCUUGUACGGAGUUCCCUCUUCACGAGAUAAACCAAAAUUUACUUUAACGGAAAUUCAUCCUUAUGAUCAGGAAUUGCAACCCAAAGGUUUACCUAGAGCUAGAGAGUUUACAGCAGAACAAAAACUCUCGAAAGAGCGCUCAGAAAAAGCCAGGAGUCGUUUAGAAGAAAGAAGGCAAAGAAGAGGGCUUGUGUGAAAUAUUGUCCCAUUUGAUGACGAUGACUUGUACUUUUAUGAUAUUGUUUUUGAUGAUUACCGGUUAUGAACAAUAAUUGUGAACCUCCGACUUACGUAUAUAACUAUUCUUGUUUUGAAAGACUAAAUAUAAUUUUUUAACAAUUUAUCAUCUUGCCUUUCUUGAUAUGCAACAAUCCUAUUUUUUGC